AUGUCAAAACCUGCUCUAUCACUGUGGAUCGUUCGGCUUCUCGGCGCCUGGAUUACGUGUUCUGGUAUGUUGAAUAAUGAUUCUCAACAUGCUGCCGGCUGUACUAAAGCCCAGUUAGGUGCUCUGGCUGGGGAUUGUGGCUCGGUCAACAUCACAUCCGUAUCAAGUGCAGAUGCUUUGCGCAAAAAUUGUCAAAUCGUCGACGGAGACGUAGUCAUCGGGCCAUUCUCCGAAAAUAGUGAAAUCUACAACAUCAAUCUCGAUGGAGUUGAGAUAAUCAAAGGAAGCCUAAGGUCUUACGAUGAUUACGGGCUUGUUUCCUGGCCAUUCGCUGUCUCAAGCACUACUCUCAAAGAGGUUCAACGCUCCGUGGGCUUUCCAUAUUUGACUUCAAUAAAUUUGACAAGCCUCUCUUUACCAAGCCUAACCACUGUUGGAAAUACAUUUGAUCUUGUUGGCUCCAUCACCUCUCUUAAUAUUAAGUCCUUGGAAUCCGUGCCUACUAUCACCCUCGGAACGCCUUAUCUCCGUUCAAUCCAACAUGCAAAACUUACCAAUGUGUCGUCACUUUGGAUCGAAGGAAAUUACCUCGAUUCACUUGAUAGCUUCUUCAACAACGCCAUCGACAUCAACAGCUCUGUUGCUUCUGGGCCGUUUCCAAAUAUCGAUACCAUCACGGUUGGGUUCACCUCAGGUGAUGUCUCUAUUACAUCUAAAUCCGGUGUGAUACUGGGCGGCCCAACUACAAUGGCAAUGGCAUUUGGAUACGUGUACCUUGCAGGCGGUGCAAUGUUUCUCAAUCGCAGUUCCACAUUGAAAUCUCUUACUGCAAAAAGCUUUGAUCUAGGGGGAACUAGCAACACCCUCCUGGAUAUUCCUUUCGAUGAUCUCACUAAUUUAUAUAUCAACUUGGACAAUGAAGACGAUGUUCUUGUUGAAGAGAUACGACUGCCUCCAAUCGCCGUUAAUUGGACUGACUUCAAUCUUUAUAUCUUCGAAGUUCCGUCGCUAAAUCUGUCAUCACAAUACAGUAUCAAUGAUAAUGGGUUUGUUUUCCAGACAUGGUAUUGGCCAGAAAGCGUAUCUUCCAUUUAUAUCAGAGGCGCUAUUGUGGCGAAUCCAUUUUUGUGCGUAUUUUUACUUCCUGCUGGAAUCUUAUUCCCUGGAACUUGGGAGCUGAUAUGGAAUUUUAUAGCGAGCAAUUCUUGUCCUACCAGCAGUCAGCAGCUGUAA